AUGUAUUCCAAGUCACUCGUUAUCCCAGCGCUCUUCGCCGCUUUGGGGGUUGCUCAAGAGAAUGUCCAGUAUGAAACCCGCACAGCAACGAUAACUCAAUGCUUCACCCGCGAUGGCCUUCGUCCUCCGGCUACAGUCACCGUGCCCGGCCCGACAUGCGUGGUUCACAAGCCAGCUGUGACAGGAGAAGUCAUCAUCGUUGAAGUCCAAGCUCCCGACUGUCACUGCGGCUGCCCAACUUGUGUCCAUACUCUUGAAUACACUACCAAGUACCCUGCUUUCUGCUCUACUGGUCUGUUUGAACAGGAGUAUGUCAUCACGGAGACAUAUAGUGGCAUGGAGGCAAAGCCUACCAAGAAUGAGCACGAUCUUCCAUAUGGAUUCACGUGUGAGGUUCAGACGUGUACUACUUGUGGCCCCGAGCCUAUUUCCGCGACCAUCACGUACCCUGUUUCGGGUCAUUACAUGAAUGAGGUUGCACCAACUGAAAUGCCAAUGGCAAAACCCGGCAAGGAACAGCCCAAGGAGCAGUCCGAGGAGCAAGGAAACACUGCACCCAAGGUCACUGGAGACGACAAUGGAUUCCGAUCAAGCGUCAAGCCUACCCCAGUCCCUAAUUCACCAGAGAGUGCAUCUCCUGGAGAGUCCACCGACCACCCUGUUAUUGUAUCUGGCGCCAUGAGUCAACACUUGGGACUGGCUGGUGCUGGUAUUGCAUUCUUUGCUCUUAUUCAAUUCUUGUUCCUCUGA